AUGGGUGCUGAUGGGUCAUACAUACCUCCAAUGCUUAUUUUUCCUCGCGUUAGAAGCAAACCAGAGCUUAUAGAUGGUGGCCCACCUGGGAAUAGGGCUGAUAUUCAUCCAAGUGGAUGGAUACAGACGGAUUUGUUCCUUAAAUGGUUUGAUAAAUUUGUAACUUUUUCCAGAGCAUCUAAGACCCAUACGAUUUUACUUUUGCUUGAUGGCUAUUCUACACACACUAAGUCAUUAGAACUUAUAGAUAAAGCUAGAGAUGCUGGUCGCUGGUGUUAUAUUGCUUUGCUUCCAACCUCAUUGCCACACAAACUUCAACCAUUGGAUGUAGCUUUUAUGAAACCUCUAAGCUUGUAUUACAGUGAUGAAGUUAAGAGAUGGCUUAGGGAGCACGCUAAAGAAAACAGAGUUGUCACCCAGUUCCAAAUAGCAUCGCUUCUUGGUAAAGCAUAUUUAAAAGCAUCAUGUAUGACAACAGCCAUCAGUGGCUUUAGGGAAACAGGCAUUUGGCCCGUAGAUGCCAACAUAUUUCAGGAACGUGACUUCCUUGCUAGUGCUGCUACUGACAUUGAUUUAAAUGUUUCAGUAACAGCAAAUCAACCAAAUAUUUCAAAUAGUGUGUCCCCAGUUGAACCAGACGUUUUAAUUCCAAAUAUACAAACAAUAAGUUUGCCCACAGUUCAUCAAGAAAUUAUAAAUCCAAGUGUAGAAACAAAUGAUAACUCUACUCUUUCUUUAACACAACAUGAUUCACCAGGAUGUUCUCAUUGGCCAGCAGGUGCUGAAAAACCAGUUAGAAAAGAAUUUUUUGCUUUAUCUCCUGAAGAAAUUCUACCUAUUCCAAAAAGUAAUAAAACCACUGCACGUAUAUCAAAGAGAAGAGGAAAAACAGCGUUACUCACGGAAUCACUAUACAAAAAUGAGCUUCUAGCUGCCAACAUAUGUUCAACACCCAAAUCAGUAAAACGUUCUUUGUCAUUGGGCCCAAAAACUAAAAACUAA